UGUAUCUAUGGUACAUUUGACGCAUCGUGGGACGCUUUUCGCGCUGUGAAAUUUAUUUUCUUCAAUUCUUUGUUUAACAUUUUGUAAGGCUGAAGUCACCGGAUAAGGAUUUCCAAUAGUAUAAUCUAGUAUUAUAUUCAUUUUUUAAAGUGUAAUUUCAGACAAUGUCGGGUAUUGCAAGUGCUCGUCUAGCUGAGGAAAGAAAAGCUUGGCGCAAGGAUCAUCCCUUUGGAUUUGUUGCUAGACCCAUGAAAAAUCCUGAUGGUUCACUAAAUUUAAUGACAUGGGAAUGCGCGAUUCCCGGAAAGAAAGGGACACCAUGGGAAGGAGGGCUAUACAAGUUGCGUAUGAUUUUUAAGGAUGAUUAUCCUUCGAGUCCACCCAAAUGUAAAUUUGAACCUCCUCUAUUUCACCCUAAUGUGUACCCUUCGGGAACUGUUUGCUUAUCUUUACUUGAUGAAGAAAAAGACUGGCGUCCAGCAAUCACAAUUAAACAGAUCUUAUUAGGUAUACAAGAUCUUCUCAAUGAACCCAAUGUUAAGGAUCCAGCGCAAGCUGAAGCAUACACAAUUUACUGUCAAAAUCGGCUAGAGUAUGAUAAGCGAGUUCGAGCUCAAGCAAGGGCCAUGGCUGCUACAGAGUAAACUAUAAAAACCUUAUUGUAUAGUAAUUUUAAUUUGUAGUAGAAACUUCUAUAGACCUAAAGGGCAUGCUAACUCAAUAUUAAUAAUAGGAUGUUUGCCCUACUUCAACUUUUUUGACUUUCUAUAUUUAAGUCAGGAAAUUAUUAAAUGUAUCUCAACAAAUGUGCUACAAAUUAAAGCUAUUAUUUGGAUGAUGAGUGUUAAAGAAUUCAUUUCCUAACAAAGUAAAGUUAGGCACUGAAUAUAUAAACAAUUUGUGUAUUAUUGAGAUCCUGAAUUUUACAUUAUCAAAAUCAAUUUCUGAGUAAUCAGAUUUUUAAUUCAUCUUUAGCCGUCUUGAAAUAGGUUUACUAAGAAGGCAAGCAUAAAAUAAUACAAUAAUGUUACUGUCACUGUUUUUCACAUUCAAUAUAAAUGUUUAAGGCUUUCUUUUAUGUAUUCAUUUUAAACUUACCAAAACUUAACAUAUUAACUUUGUUUAAUUAGCAAAAAUUCUUUAAAUAACAAAAAUUAUUUAAAAAUUGUCUAGCCUCUGAUUUUCUAUUCUUAUAUGUAUAGUAAAUCCACUGAAGAUCAAUAGCGAUAAAAUAAUAAGUUUACAUU